GAAGUCCAACCCGGAAGUGUUGUGAUGUUGAACGUGUGUCUCCUCCCUGACAACCACGUGCUCGACGGACCACAACAGUGUUUUCUCGCGUCCUCAUUGGUCCACAGGUGAUUACGGGGAUCGGAUGUAAGUGGAUUUCACAGAGAGGUGAAGGUUUAAGGAAAGUGGGUCAGACUUCUUCAGAGAAGCAGCACUUCCUCCUCCUCCUCCUCCUCUUCUUCUUCUUCUUCUACCGGCAAACAAGGCGGAGGUGUUGACCAGAAUGAGUUAAACUAAAGUUGGGAGUCUUGCUGUGAGGAGUGUGACCUGAGGCGGGGGCAGACAUGGUGGAGGUGUUCACCGGGAGGACCCUCCUCAACAAGGACGGGGACUUCGUGGACCCGGAGGAGGCGCUGAGGAACAAAGUGGUGGGGAUCUACUUCUCUGCCGGGUGGUGUCCGCCCUGUCGGGACUUCACCCCCGUCCUGUGCGACUUCUACACGGAGCUGGUGGAGGAGGGCGAACCUCCGGCACAGUUUGAGAUCGUGUUCGUCUCCUCCGACAAGUCCAGCGAUGACAUGGUGGAAUAUUAUCACGACAUGCACGGGGACUGGCUGGCUCUGCCCUGGACGGACGAGUACAAACAUGAGUUGAAGCAGCGCUACACGAUCACGGCGGUGCCCAAACUGGUGAUCGUGAAGGAGAACGGUGACGUGAUCACGGAAAAGGGCCGGAAACAGAUCAGGGACCGAGGCCUGGCCUGCUUCGGGUCCUGGCUGGACGCUGCAGAGGUCUUUCAGAACUUUAAGGGUUAGGGAACGACUUCACGUUAAGCAACCGCAGCGAGACCUGAGCGAAACCAAAGUGAAGACUUCCUGUGUCAGGGGCAAAAGGGAUAGGAAUGAUCCAGAAGCAAAAAUCAGUUUAAUUUAGAUUUCUCUCUCUUUUUUGCUUUUUCUGGUUAAAUAUUGGACACUUAAACUCUUAAGCACUGUACAAUCCUUCAAAAGGAAAGAUUGAACUCCUCACAAGUCAUGAUUAGAUCUUUCUGUUUCUUUUUAACCAAACAUCCUAUGCAUUUAAGAGAAAUCUCAGGCUUUUCUGUCGUGGGUCUUUAGGAAAUCUGUUCUUUAUUGUUAAUAAUAGAAGCCAGCUACAGUACUUUUGCAGUUCGUUAAAAAGGAUAUUGAACUUAUGUUCUUUAAAAGCUAUUGCACUAAUUGAACAUACAGCUGAAUCCCACCUGCAGUGAAUAGACACCUUCUCUUCAGAGAGCUUGCCUUUGUAUGUUUCCAAAAGUUUGACUUGUAGUUCUACAUUGAGCUGCCUGUAUAUUUUUUAUAUCCUGUUUUUUUAUGAGUUGCUAAGAAUGUUAAUUGUUAAAAUAUACAUAUAUAUUCUGUGAAUCUUUUCGUACCGAUUCAUUUGUAUUGUCUGCAUCUAACAAUGUGGUCGUUGUGUACAUCCCACACUUUACAAGCGGAGUAAUUCCCCUUUGCCUCGUUAAAAUGCAGAAAAAGCCCACAGGACAUUGUUUCCAACGUGCUGGCACAUCCACGUCCUUGGUCCUAAUUGCCUUUCUCUCUUGUGCAGGCUGACACUGCUGUUAUCACUUUGUACAUAAAAACAACAUCCAACAUGUGUGACGACAUUAUAAUGAUCCAGCUCAGGCCGACGUCUCCAGCUCGUUCCGCUUUGUUUUAUUGGAAGCUGCAGGUUUUUCAGAAGAACACCAGGUCGAGCCCCGAGGCUUCGUUCAUUUACGUCUUGCUUCAUCAGAGGCAUGUCUCCGAGGGCUGUGCAGAGAAAGGGCUUCACAUCUCGCAGAGUUAUGUGACAACUCCUGAAGGUGAAAGAGACGGAAAAUGAAGAACAAAACAAAAUUGGCGUCUUAGAGACACAACAACUGCACUUCAAAGUAGACAUCUAUCAUCCAGUAGAAAGCAAACUUCGCUGAUCCACAGCAGUGAACAACAUAUUCCCUCUGGUGUGCCUCUUUUCAGAUUUAUGAAGGUUGCUGUUUCAUUUUCUACCACACGGGGUCACUAUGCAUUCAUAUUUGAAAUCAAUAAAGUGUCAACUUCUCUUGA